AUGUGGUUCGGAUCCUCCCCAGCCGUGGAGCUCGUCCCGAGCGAUCGGGUACGACCGAUCCACUUCUUCGAGAACAGUCCUCUGGUUCAGGGAAACAACAUGGCCGUGUCUAUUGUGUUUGAUGGGGUGUUGGACCCUGAGAAGCUUCAUAGAUCUCUCGAGGGGCUUGCCUCUGGCAACAUUGAAUGGCACAUACCCACCGAAUUCACAUCGGAGCGGCCCGCAAUAACCUUUUCUCACGUUGAUCAUAACAUGCCUGCAUCGUCACAUCCCGCAGCUUCGAAGAUACCUCGACCGAGCGAUCGACCAGCCGUAGUGUCGGACCCGGACGACUUGGAAGAACUGGCAUGGGGACCGGGAUAUACGCCGGGAGGAAUCUCUGACUAUUUGACGGCUGAUCGCCCUGUCUUGGGUCUGCGAGUCAAUUCGUUCACGGACACCACUAUCGCAACGCUACAAUGGCAGCACGUGGCUUUUGAUGCGCUGGGCAUGCAAUAUGUCGUCGAGGGCUGGAAUGAUAUGCUGUGGGGGGACGAAGACGAUAUUCCGGACCCCUGCGAAAUGGACCCCGAUCCCUUCGAUGCUCUCGCCAAGGGUUCUCGGCCUACGACGGAAGAACAUGUCUUGUCCAAGACGCGAGUAGGACUUGGAGGAAUGCUCAAGUGGGGGCUUGGCUAUGGUGUUGAUAUGCUUCUACGGGCCAAGGAGAACCGCAUGGUUUGUGUACCGCAAACCUACUGGCAGGCGCAGCUUGAUAAGGCUUUGGACGAAUUGCGUGAAGAGGCGCUUGCAAAUGGAGAAGAUGUGUCAAAGGUGUUUCUUACCGAGAAUGACGUUUUGACGGCGUGGAUUAUGCGAUGUGUCAUUACACCUCUGGACAUGAGCCCAGAUAGACCAGUGAACAUCUCCAUCGCCAUGUCCCUACGCAAGGCAUUCGAAAACGACCUUAUUCCCCCAUCUUCCGAGCGCCCAUACGUAGGCAACGCAUUCGGCUGGGCAAACAUCCUCCUCCAAGCGAAAGAAAUCACCACAAAACCCCUAAGUUACGUCGCACGCCAAGUCCGUCGUGCAAUCAACGAACAAGGAACCCGCGCACAACACGAAGCUUACUUUGCGCUGGUCCGUCAACACGGCAUGGGACUUCCGAUCGUGAUUUUUGGAGACGGAAACAUGGCGCAGGUGGGAUUGUCCAACUGGUCAAAAGCAGGCCUGUUUGACCUGGACUUUUCACCAGCGCUCAAGAGUGGUGAUCGACCGUGUCGACCUGUGUAUGUGCAGGAGAACCAUGGUCCCAUUAAGCCUGUGGAUGGGUUCUUUAUCUUGGGCAAGGAUGAGAAGGGUAAUUACUGGACUUCGGCUUGUAAACUCAAGGGGCAGUGGGAAAAGUUUCAGGAGCAGCUGGAGAAGGACUUUGAGGUGGUUGCGUAG